GUUCCUCUUUUUUUUGCUAGCAUUAAUGGAUAGUUAGCUGCUUGGUGUGUACUUAUGUACAUUAUAUAUUUCAUAUUAAUUCACAAACACUUUGUUUCGUUUCAGAUAAAUCCGCCUAUCCUGCGUGCACUUUGAAGCUUCCCGGGCUUUGCAGUUAGCUUAGAGCUAAGCUCGCUAACUGCUAACAAAGAGACAAAGCGGAAGUGAUAAACACGUCGCUAAGUGUGAGUUUAAAGUGUGAAAAUGUGCAAAGUAGAAAUGCUGAGAGUGUUGGUGAAGCAGCGACUAACUGCUGCUGUGGAAGAAAUAUUUGUAGUGUUGGAAAGAACGAUAGCAGAAUACGAGGAGGAACUUUCUAGAACAAAAGAGGAGAACGAGCGACAACGUCAACUACUGGACGCUCUUUUCAGCAAACAUCAACAAGCAGACGUGAGUGAAGAACAUCUUCCCCUGGAGCAGCAGGAGUGGAACUCCAGGUUGGCGCAGGAGGAGCCACAGACCCCCCACAUUAAAGAGGAAUAUGAGGAGCCACAGCCACCCUACCUUAAAGUGGAAAAAGAGGAUGAUCACGUCAGUCAGGAGGGAGGGCAUCGUGACGGAUUCCAGGAGUUCCCCGUGAUUGGGGGUGAGGUCAAAGGUGAAAGUGCGGAGAGAAGAGAGGCGGAGCCUCCGAGCAGCAGCUCCACUCAACACACGACAGAUGGCAACACACAUUUUAGAUGUUCUCCGUACCAGAAAAGUAUUGUCAGUGAGAGAAAUCUAAACCAACACAUGACCGCGCACAAAGGAGUGAAACCAUUCAAGUGCUUAGUUUGUGGCAAAGAUUUUGGACGAAGCUACGAGUUAAAGAUCCACAUGAGGAAACAUACGGGGGAGAAACCCUACACGUGCACAGUCUGCGCCAAAGGUUUUUCUCAGAAGGGACAUUUUACCGCGCACGCCAGGAUACACACCGGAGAAAAACCCUUCACGUGUUCACUGUGCGGCAAAAGUUUUGUGCGUAAUCACGACCUGAAGUUGCACGUGCGAAGGCACGUGGGGGAAAAGCGCUACUCGUGUUUGAUUUGCAGCAAACGCUUCUGCGAUAGAACGCCGUUUGUGAUCCACAUGAGGACGCACACGGGCGAGAAAGUGUUCAGGUGCGGUGUGUGCGACCAAAGGUUCGCUUACAAAUACCAGCUGGACAAUCACAAGUGUGUUGAUGACGCCAGCAGCAGGAAAUGAAGACUAGAAAUAAACUUUGACAACUUUCUUCUUAUCAACAAAGUUCAUCCUGCUUUUAGCAAGCCGGUCUGUUAGCAGUUAGCAUCUUUUUCCUGCUCUUGUUUGCUUUCUUCUGUUUGUCUUAGACCAGGGGUCAGCAACCUUUUUGAAACCAAGAGCUACUUCUUGGGUAGUGAUUAAUGCGAAGGGCUACCAGUUUGAUACACACUUCAAUAAAUUGCCAGAAAUAGCCGAUUUGCUCAAUUUACCUUUAACUCUAUGUUAUUAUUAAUAAUUAAUGAUAUUUACACUUAA